AUGGCUUCAAGUCAAUAGUGUGUGUGAGGGAGAGGAUCACACAGAGAGGCAAGCACAGAGGAGCUGAGCAAGGAGUGUAAUGCAAGUGAUGGCAGACAUAAGAGAAACAGCUUGAAUUUAACAUUUUCCUGAAUCUCUUAUUCAUUCUGCGACAUCUCAGCAUUCAGCUGAGUGCUUCCGCAGUUGCGCUCAAAUUGAUCUCAUCUCCUGAGUGCAUCAUCAUUGAAUUCAAACUGUGAAUGCGCAAGAGUGAGUAAGGACUUUGUUGGGAAGUCCUGUCAAAGAGAGAGAUAGAGGAGAAAAGAGAGCCACCAGGGGACACAGUGCAACUCUAGUCCUGAGAGACAGAGAGAGAGAGAGGUGAGCUGAGGAGGUAAGAUGAGUCUAAACACCGGUCAAACUCUGACCGUCAGUGGACAGGACUUGACCAGAAUUAGCAGCAGCAGCAGCAGCAGCACCAGUCGAGCCCCCGGGGAAGAUGCUAGGACGGUUUUUAAGCCCUCUACCAGUAAACCUAAACCACCCAAGCCGGAGAAUGCCAUCACCAUCGCUGUGUCGUCCCGAGUCCUCUUCAACAUGGAGAAGGAGCAACAGAUCUACCAACAGGAAGGAAUGGAGGAUUACAUCAAGUAUCAGGUGGAGCAUGAAACAGAGCCUUUCAGCCCCGGACCUGCCUUCUCCUUCGUCAAGGCUCUGGAAGCUGUGAACACUCGACUGAGGGAGCUGUACCCCGAGAGCGAGGAGCUCUUUGAUGUUGUGCUCAUGACCAACAACCACGCAUAUGUUGGCCUAAGACUCAUCAAUACCAUCAAUCAUCACCAGCUGUUCAUCGAGCGCUUCUGUAUGACUGGAGGAAACAGUCCCAUAGGCUACUUGAAGGCCUACCACACUAACCUUUACCUGUCUGCUGACCCAGGCAAGGUCCGAGAAGCUUUGGAGGAAGGUAUAGCAGCAGCCACCAUGUUCACCCCAGAGAAGAUAACAGAAGUGUCGGAGACUCAGCUGCGUGUCGCCUUUGAUGGCGAUGCCGUCCUCUUCUCUGAUGAGUCUGAGCGCAUUUACAAGGCCCAUGGACUGGACAAGUUCUUUGAGCAUGAGAAAGCCUACGAGAACAAGCCUCUGGACCAUGGGCCAUUAAAGGGCUUCCUGGAAGCUUUAGGAAAACUACAGAAGAAGUUUUAUGGCAAAGGCCAGCGCAUGGACUGUCCCAUCCGGACCUACCUGGUGACGGCUCGCAGUGCAGCCAGCUCUGGUACAAGAGCCUUAAAAACUCUGCGCUCGUGGGGUCUGGAGAUCGAUGAGGCUCUCUUUCUUGCAGGGGCACCCAAGGGGCCCAUGCUGGAGAAGAUCAGGCCGCAUAUUUUCUUUGAUGACCAGAUGUUUCAUGUGGAGGGGGCAGCGGAAAUGGGGACAGUGGCGUGCCAUGUGCCCUAUGGGAUAGCGCAGAGAGUUACCAAGAAAGGAAUAAUGGACAAAGAGAUUUCUUCAGCAUCCGAGUAGCCUGGACGUCACGGUGCAGAAGGACAGGAGACUAAGGGGACGUUUCAUUUUGGCUUCCAGGAUGUUGUACCCACCGUAAAAUGUGGUCAUCAAUGCAAUGCAAGCAUAGUUCAUAAAGUUACACUAAUUAUAAUGAGGAAUCCUUUAUAAGUGAUUGUAAGUAAGAACUUUAUUAACUGAAGCUUUAUCGAUAAGUUAUAAGCUGUAAUUAGAAUAAUGUUUGAGGUGCCAGUUUGCAUUUAGUAAUGGAUCGCUAACCAAUGUUUAAAACGUCAUUAUUAAAAAAGAGAAAGGUUAAACAUCAGCCAUAGUUACAACUUACAAAUCCUUAUAAAGAUUACCUUAUGAAAAGGUGGAACUCUGAGCUGUCUGUGUUCAGAAUUACCAUUUGCAGUAAGAUAUUUACCUCGCACUCCAGCAGCAUCCUGUAUUAUGUUCAGCACUGAUAUAUUUAUACCCACGUUUACCCACAAAAAGUUUAAUCAUACAAAUUCUAAACAUUAUUUAUUUAGAUUAUUUUGCUGGGGAAACAUCACCUGUACUUCACAGCUGCACUGAAGACACGUUUCUACAUGUUUAUCACUUUACUGCUUGUCUGUGUGUUUUUUAAAACUGGUGCCUUUUUCUCACUGUUGUUUUACAGAUGUCAGUCUUGCAUGUUGGUAAAUGUACAUUGUACAUAUAGUUGUUUGAUCAGUGUAUAUGAAUGUAUCUUAAGUAUGAAAAUUAAAAAUAUGGGUAAAAGAGAAGUAUUUUACUUUCUAUUUAUUUAAUAUUUCUUUUUGUUCAAUAAAGAAAGAAAGAAAAAAGUUUUUAACAUCUUUAGCAUUUAUUGUCAUUCAUCAUGUGCAAUUUUAAUUUCUGCUACUUCUGCCUAAAGUGCCCAAAGUUCAGUGUCUUCCUCGUAGCCUGCCUUUCUGUCUUCUUUUGUCUUUUUUUUUUUGCCAGGUUUGUUGUUGUUGGUGUUGUUGCUCUUCUGUUCUCUGUAUGAGUGAAAAGCAAGUUGCUACUGAAUGAGACUACUUGUGAAAAUUAGUUACAUCUGGGCCGAUUAAGAACUGUGGAUUGUUAUGUAAUCAAGUUUUUCCGUUUCAAGAUUGAAGUAAAAAUGUAUUUAAAAAAACACAGUUUCCUGC